AUGGCCGACCUCUCCAAAACCGCCCUCAUCCUCAUCGGCCCUUACAAUGACUUCCUCCACCCGGGCGGCAAGCUCACACCCUUGCUGAGAGACCUUGAGGAGAAAGAGACCAUUAAACACAUCGAGCAAGCCGUGGUUGCCGCCCGUCUGCAUAAAAUCCCAAUCUACUACGGACUUCACCAGCACUGGACCCCCACUGCCUUCCAGGAAUGGCGGCACAUGACCCCCAACCACGUCAAGCAGAAGGAAAUCAAGUUGUUCGAAGCAGGCACGUUUGGUGCUGAAAUCUACCAAGGUCUGGAACCAGAUGCCAGCAACGGGGAUGUGGUCGUGAGUCGACACUGGAACAGCAACUCCUUCCAGAACACCGACCUGGACUUCCAGCUUCGCCAGCGCGAGAAAAUUAACCUUGUGCUUGCCGGGUUGACGGCUAAUACUUGUCUGGAGAGCACCGCCCGGCAUGCUUAUGAGCUAGGAUAUAAUGUGACUCUAUUCAAGGAUGCCACGGCCGGGUGGUCUAGGGAGCUGACGGAUGCAGCGACCGAUUUAGUCUGGCCGUUGUUUGCGGAGGUGAAGACUGUGGAGGAAUGGGUCGACUUUUUGAAGGCAGAGCUACAGGCUUAUUUUUUGGAAGAUACGAUCGAUCUUGCUAGUGCUACAGGAGACUAG